UCGAUAAUUGAGAACAAAUUAAAAAUAAAUUAUUAAUACAAAAACAAAGUUUAUGUGUACAACAGUGCGCUUAGAUUUGACUGUUUAUGUUGCAGAAAUGCUAUGAUAAUGAUUAAUUGAAGUCCAUUUCGAAAGAACAAAGAGGAAUGUCUUCAAAUCUAACCAUCCAAGACUUGGAGGAAGAUAAUUUUCGAAAAGAUGGCAUUGGAGUUACAAUAUUUUUAUCUAUACUUUGCGUUGUCGGUGUAUUUGGAAAUGCGCAUGCGUUUCUGAUUUACACUUUCCGUUUUAAACCAACGAAUUGCCGUGUUUUUGUUCAAUGGCUGUCAUCGGUAGAUAUUGCCGUAUGUGUUAUCUGCAUUCCAUUCGAAAUUUCCAUUGUCGUUCGGAAUAUGACAUUUAAGUAUGCCAUCGUUUGCAAACUAUUCCGAUUCCUUACGCAUGCUCUAGUGAUGUCAUCCGGUUUCAUGUUAGCAGUAAUUGCAAUCCACCGGAAAAGAAAACUAGGGAAUCCCCAUGGCAGACAAUUUUCACUAAAGACGGCACACAUUGCUUGUUUUGUAGUUCUAAUAAUAGCAGGGUUUAUCUCCGUACCAAGUGUUUAUUUUUAUGGUGCUGUAGAAACUGGAACCCCGGAUGGAGAACUUUACCAGUGUACAGUCGAUCCGAAUCAUUUUAUGUCAUCUUAUUUCAUCAUAUUUAUUGGGUUUUUAGCGGUUUUAUUGAAUAUUUUAUACAUAAUUUGCAUUAUCGCAUAUUCAAUUGUUAUAAAGAUAAUUACAAGCCAGAUCAAUAGUAGGUUCUCUACAAGGCUGCAGACAAAUGUCUAUUUACCAAAAAGCAACAGUGAUCAAAAGGAAAACACACGUGAUAAAACUGAAAAACCGAAUGACAGUCUUAAGUACUCGCGGGAUAUUUCACUUUUAUUCAUUGCGGCAUCAACUAUGUCUUAUAUCGGAUAUUUGUUAACUGUGAUCAGCUUUUUAAUUGAUUUUAUCAAUCCAGACACUACUGGCUCCUUUAAAUCCAUGUCGGUCAUUUUGUACAGAGGAUUUUUCAUUAGUAGUGCGGGGAAUCCUGUCGUUUAUCUGUUUCUGGAAAGACAGUUCAGAGUGGAAUGUAAAAAUGUUUAUUCAAAGUUGUUUGGAAAAUGUUGUUGGAGCAAGGAAAUAAUAGUUACUGUAUAAAUAGCAUUCUCCGCUGCAUACGUACCGUAUAAAUUUAGAGCAUGGAAAAAGCUAUGAGCCUAUAACUAUCAUUCACCUGUUCAUUUUGAUUUAUACUUAGAAAUACUCAAACCCCCAAAUGACAUAUAAUUACACAAGUGUAUAACAAAAUGUUAAUAAAAAGGUACUGAUUGCAAAUGAUACAAAUCUCAACCAGAAACCAAAUGAAAUAGAGUUUACUUUAUAAAAAAAGAAGGGUAUGAUUGUCAAUGAGACAAUCUCCAGCAGAAGUUAAAUGCUAUAGGUCAACGUACGGUCUUCAACAAUGAUCUAAAACCAUACCAAAUAGACAGUUUAAAACUAAAAGUCAUCAAAAAGAAGAAACAAAUAAUGUAAAACAAUUCAACUUUUAUUAUUCGAGCUUUACUGAUUAGUCUUAAGUAGACAAAAUGCGCGUAUGGCGUACAAAUUUUUAAGCCUUGUAUCUAUAAUGAGUUCAUUUGCGAUUUUCAUAGGUAUUACACACGUGUUGUAAUCCAAACAACAUUAAUGCUAAACUGUUAUUGUGAUAUAGUGUGAUACAUUCUUUGUUCGCAUUAAUAAACAGCACCUUUAGGUAUUCUUUGCA